CCCUGCCCCCUCCUACGCGGAGGGCUAGGGAGCCUCUUCGCCGGCCCCAGCGAUUGCCCGUUUAGACCGCGGGAGGGUCGCGGUGCGCCUGCGCCCGGCUGGGGGGCGCCGUCGCCCCUCGGCUUCUCAGUUUUUCCUUUCUCUCCUCCCUGCAGCUCCUGGAGGUCGGCGCUUGCCCAGGGGACUCCUCGCUAAGGUUGUCUCAAAGCCGCAGGGAAGAUGGUGGAAAAUUCACCGUCACCAUUGCCAGAAAGAGCGAUUUAUGGCUUUGUUCUUUUCUUAAGCUCCCAAUUUGGCUUCAUACUGUACCUCGUGUGGGCUUUUAUUCCCGAAUCUUGGCUCAACGCCGUAGGCUUAACCUAUUGGCCUCAAAAGUACUGGGCAGUCGCCCUGCCCAUCUACCUCCUCAUCACUGUAGUCAUCGGGUAUGUGCUCCUGUUCGGAGUCAACAUGAUGGACACCUCGCCCCUCAACUCCAUCCAUACCAUCACAGAUAACUACGCCAAGAACCAGCAGCAGAAGAAGCACCAGGCGGAGGCCAUCCCAGCGCUGAGAGACGUCCCUAUUAGUGAAGUGAACCGAAUGUUCUUCCUCAAAUCCAAAGAGCUUUACGCCCAAAACUGAACUGCAUGUGUUGUAGACUACCUUCCAACAUUUAUUAAAAGUUCGGACAAAGUAA